AAUUCACCCUCCUUCACCGUAAAAUAAUUUCAUUUUAGAUCUCAAAUUAAAAACCAUAAACUUUACAUUACAUAUUUAUAUCUCUCUCACUCACAUUUCUCAACAACAGCUUUGUAACCUAACCCUAAUUUCAGAUCUUCACAUCAAUUCAUCAUGCGUACAAUCGAGCCUACAGAAAUUGAAUCUCUGCCUGAUGUCAUACUUCAGUACAUAUUGUCACAUGUCAGUAAUGGCCGCGAUGUUGCAUAUUGCAAUUGUGUUUCUAAGCGAUGGAAGAACUCAAUGGCUUGUAUAAGAAGUCUCUAUUUCACUCGCAAUGCGUUUGAUAACGCUCCUCACCGUGAAAAUUCUGACAUUAUUGUGAAAAGAAUGGUAUCAGCUGUUGAGAGAUUAGAGGAGCUAGUUGUUUACUGCCCUUUCUCUGUGUAUGGCCUUGCUUCAUGGCUAUCACUUGCAGGUCCGUCUCUCUCUCAUCUGGAGCUUCGAAUGGACAACCUUGGCGAUAAUGAGAUUAUACAUGAAAGCCCAUCAAAGUUGGAUUGCAUUGGUGCAGCAGUCAAUGUGGAAACUCUAAAAUUGUGGGGUGUCUUGAUCAAACUUAUCCCUAAAUGGGAAACGUUCCAUAAUCUUAGGAUCCUUGAAGUUGUUGGGGCAAGAGUCGAGGAUGCUGCAGUAAAUGCAAUGAUUCAGGCCUGUCCAAAUCUGACAAGGUUACUACUGCUUGGAUGUGAAGGUGUCCGAUCAAUUUCGAUCACCCUGCCAUUUUUGGAGCAGUGCAAGCUGGAUUUUUAUGGUCUUGGGAACUGUUCGCUUUCACUGACCUCCCCUAAAAUUGAAUCUCUUGAGGUACAAGGCUGUAGUUGGAUUAGGGUCCCUGAAACCAAGCAUUUGAAGAACCUUUCAAUUUCCAACAGUGCAGGGAGAGUAUACAUGAUUGAUUUUGGGAACCUUGCAUCCCUGGAGUUUCUGUCAAUGAGGGGGAUACAGUGGUGUUGGGAUGCAAUCUGUAAAAUGCUGAAAUUGGCAAGUGAUGUGAAACAUCUUUAUAUGAAGGUUGAAUUCACUGGGGACUAUGAUGCUCUUCAACCCUUUCCAGAGAUUGAUUUUGUUGAUUUCUUCAACAGCCAUCCCAAGCUGCGCAAGUUUGAUAUCCAUGGAGCCAUGUUUGCAGCACUAUGCCAGAAGAACAGUCUAAAACAUGUUGAUUCUGAAUUUGUGAUUCCAUGUUUGGAGGAGGUCUUCAUCACUGUGAGAUCGCCAUUAAAUGCUGAACAGAAAAUGAGCACUCUUGAGUCGUUGGUAAAAUAUGGGAAAAAUCUAAGGACCAUGGUUAUCAAGAUUCUUCAGAUGAAGGGUUCACAUAACAGUGCUGAUGAUUUUUUUGAUGAGAUUUGCCGGUUCAGAUACAUGCACCGUGGGAUAAUUCGAAUAGAAUAAAGCCUGAUGCAAUUUUUAACACAGGGCAUUUCGUACUGAUUUCCAGUUACAGCUGGACUUCUGAAUUGAUGAUGAGUUCACUUUUGUGGAGCUAAUGUAUUGUUUUGUAUGUCAUUUAAAAUUUGAGAAUCUUUUUUUUUUA